AUGUCUUCUGUUCCUCCACCUAAAGGUUUAAUCCAGAAUCCAUCGAACUCAUCAACGUCCUCCGACGAACCUAUCAUUAUUGAACAACCCCUAUUUCAACCUGGUCCUUCGUCGGCAUCGGCAUCACUAACCAGAAGAAGAUCCAGACCGUUGCCUAGGAAGGCCAGUAGUAUCAAUAACGGAAAUGGCAAUGGAAAUGGAAAAGCAAGAGAACGAGGAAAACGCAAAUCAAUCAAUUUAGUUGAAUUAGAAGAUGAUGAAGACGAUGAUGAUAUACCGAUUUUCGUUGGAUCUACCUUUGAUAAAUACAAAUAUACAUCUAAAAACAUUUCUACAAUCUCAUCAAGAUCACCUUCGUUGACUCCUGGUCCUGGUCCUGGUCCUGGUCCCGCAUCAAGUGCCAAAUCUCGAAUGAUAUUUGAUGUAGAUGCGGUUGAUACGAAGACCUCAUCAGUAUCAAAACCGAUUCCAAGUCCAAAUGCCAACUCAAGAUCGAAAUCAAGAUCAAAGAUAAGAACAAGCUCGAUAUCAUCCCCUAUAACUUCAAUGAGUAAUCCUCCAAAUAAUAAAGGAAAAGGAAAAGGAAACGAUUAUUCAAGUACAACGACCACGACCACGACGAUGACAACGACAACACCAGCUUUACCACUCUUACCUGAUUUGGCAUUGGAACCAUUACCAGUCCCAGCGUGGUUAGGUAAGACUGCAAUCCUGUUACAAUUGAAUUGUUGCGCAGUGUGUAAAGUAAGAUUCAAGAAAACAGAUUCAGGUGCUGCUAGAUGGAGACACAUGUCGACUUGUAGACCACCAUUAUAUAGACCACCAAAUCCUCCACCCGAUUUACAAAGACUGAUACAUGAAUCGUUACAUUCACAGCAUUCUGCAUCUAAGGAACCUACUUCAUUACUUGAUUUACACGUUCGUCAAGCGUCACUUACGAUAGAGCCAGAUGAAAUCACUUCUCAAUCACCAUCAUCAUCUGUCAAAGGAGGAAAGAAGAAGAAGGUAUCGCAAAAACAACAACAACAACAGCAACAAACACCGAAAUUGAUAGGACUGAAAUCUGUUACAUCGGUAAAAGCUACUUCUGAAAGAGAUGAUGAAAAUUGGCAAAUUGAAAUCAACAAUAGAUUAAAAGAAUUUAUAGGUCCUCCUUCUUCUCCUCCUUCAGAAUUACCUUAUUCACCUUGUCAUUCUCAUUCUCAUUCUCCCUCGCCAUCGCCCUCUAGAUCCCCAUCACCGACGAUAAGACUAUCGUCUACAGGAGACAACUCAGCGACGAUCGAUGAUCAUGAUGAGGAUCAUUUACUUCCGUCCACUCAACCCUUAGGUGAAUCUUCUUUGGCUCAACUAUAUGCUAAACCAAAUACAAACCCCACUACUUGUACUUCUCCUUCACGUUCACCAUCAAAAUCCAAAUCACCUAUAACCCCAUCUCCUCCUUCUUCGCAAAACAAAGUAUCGAUUCAUUCCUUAUCUGAUCAAGAGGAAGAAGUGGCAGAAGAAGCUGAAAUACAGCUACCGCCUUCAUCACAAAAACGAUCCUUGUCACAACGAAUUGACAGCGAUGAAGAAGAUGACGAUGAUACUGUCGAAGAAACCAAAAGACGUCUUCCCUUUCGAACAAGGGGAGACUCGCACGUCGAAGGGAGUCUCUCCGAUAGAAUCAAUCAUCGAUCAACCAUACCACUCGGAUGGGGAGAAUCAAUCAUCUUCCAAAACGAGGUUGAACGAAACGGAGGAUGGACAAGAGGUUUCGUUUGA